GACCGACCACAUUACCAAACAGCGACCAGAAGAGGGUUUGAAGCAGCAACGACGCUCGUCAAUAUGGUCCUGGAUACUGUUCAAGUCAAGUCUCACUCCCAUGCUCACCCCUCGUUCCACAUUCUGGGGCAAGAAAUUGUUGUCGACUUGCCCAUCCCUGCGCUUGUCCUCGCGUUUCUCGGCGCUGGAGUAGCAUUUCGAUACUUGAUCUCGUUUUUGAGGUUGAUUCUGGAGCUCACGAUCAUCCCCGGGACCAACAUCAAAUCGUACAAAUCAAAGACUGGCUCAUAUGCCCUGGUCACAGGAUGUACCAGUGGUAUCGGGCUCGAAUUUGCCAAGCAGUUCGCUGGGAAAGGGUACAACCUCAUUCUUCUGGGACGAAGGCAGACGGCGCUUGAUGAUUUGGUUAAAGAAAUCAGCGGGAAAUACAAGGUUGACUGCAAGACUGUCAUGGUGGAUCUUGGCGACGCCUCAUCGCGGGCCAAAGGGUUCGCACAGGUUGAAAAGCUCGCCCAGGAGCUAGACGUGGCGGUGUUGGUCAACAAUGCUGGCGUGUCACAUGAAGUUUGCGUGAUAUUCAAUGAGACGCCUCAUGAGGAGAUUGAUGCGAUUGUUCAAACGAACAUUCUCGGUACGCUUCACCUCACGCGGACUGUCCUGCCAUACCUCGUUGCACGGUCGAAAAAGGGUUCAAAAUCUUUGAUUCUCAACGUCGGAUCACUGGAUGGUCGAAUCCCUGCAGCGCUCCUGGCAGCGUACUCAUGCACGAAAGGAGGUCUUCAAACUUGGACCAAGGCUCUGGCGUGGGAAUUGCGAGGAACAGGUGUUCAAGCGUUGAUGGUCCAGCCCGCUUUCGUCAUCUCCAACAUGUCCAAGAUUCGUCGUGCUUCUCUCACUGUGCCUACUGCCAAAGCUUGGGUCAAAUCAUGUCUCUCUUCCAUCGGUUCUGCUGGCGGAGCGCAAGGCAGAGCAUACGAAAUGACACCUUACUGGAGUCACGCAAUCAUGGACUACGCCGCCGGAUUCUUUGGAUACCCUUCAGAGAUGAUUGGCAUGUGGGUAGUCGACUACAUGCACAAGGACAUCAGGAAACGCUGGUUGAGGAAGAAGGCUCGGGAGAGCAAGAAGAGCGAGUAGAAACAAAGAAAGAGAUGCACUCGUACAACAUGGUUCUAAAA